UAAAACAACAGAAUUAGAACUUGAUAAAAUAUAUUUGGAGGAGUUACAAGAGGUAGAAUCAGAACUUAAUGAAAUAUAUUUUAAAAAGUCACAAGAGAAUGAUGCAAAUGAAAUGCAGGAUAAUGCUAAUAAAUUACAAUAUAAUAAUGAUUAUGACAAACAAGAGUUUUAUAAUGAAUCAUUAUAUAAUUUUGAAAUUGAAGAGUUUUAUAAUGAGUCAUUAUAUAAUUCUGAAAUUGAAGAGUGUUCUAAGAAUACACUAGUCUCAGAAAUUAUUGAAAUUGUUGAUUCAGACAAUGAUUCAAGUGAAAUUAACGUUAUAUUUGGCAAAAAAAGAAGAAAUGGCAAUCUUAAACAAAUGAAAUUAAGGUUAAUUACAGUAAACUAA